AUGGGCAAUGCUUUUGGCAGUUUGAGGGAAAGGCUAAUACUAGCUGGAUUUGAGAGAUUUGUUGGGAAAUUCGUGAAAAACUGUGACAGGAUUUUGCCAAGUCCUGAUGUUAAAUAUAAAAAUCUGUAUGUGAAGAACUUGGAUCCAGAUGUCACUGAAGAGAUUAAGCAGGAGAAAUUUUCUGAGUUUGGGAAAAUUGCCUCCCUGGCUGUAGCAAGGGAUGAAAAUGGUGCCUCGAGAGGUUUCGGCUUUGCGAACUUCGAAUGUCCCGAUGAUGCCAAGCGGGCAAUGGAGUCAAUGAAUGGAUCAAAACUUGGUUCAAAGGUUCUACAUGUAGCAAGGGCACAAAAGAAAGAAGAACGCGAACAAAUAUUGCGUAAUCAGUACGAGGAACAACGGAAGGAGCAGAUCAUGAAAUAUAAAGCUUCAAAUGUUUAUGUGAAGAACAUUGAUGAAGAUGUUACCGACGAUGAGCUGAGAGACCUUUUCAGUCAAUGUGGUACAAUUACUUCUGCAAAACUUAUGCGAGAUGACAAAGGAACAAACAAGGGGUUAGGAUUUGUCUGUUUCUCUGCUCCGGAGGAGGCCGCUAAAGCCGUCGGCAUGUUCCAUGGAUAUAUUUUCCAUCGGAAGCCUCUGUAUGUUGCUAUUGCUCAAAGGAAGGAGGAUAGACAAGCACAAUUGCAACUUCGGUAUGAGCAGUGUAUGGCCCGAUUGGCAGGACCUUCCACAACUAUUCUCCCUGGAGGAUAUCCUCAGCUUUACUACAUAUCUCCGACCCGUGUUGUUUCUCAAAUACCUCUGAGGCCGGGGAUGAUGUACCAACCUUUAAGUUUUUGGCCAGGAUGGAGGGGUAAUGGCUUUGCACCAUCAGCCAGACCAGUCUUUCAACCAUCACUGCCCAUGUUUCCUACUGCUCCAAUGCAAACCAGGGCAAAACGGGCUCGGAUGAACGGUCCUUCUCUUAUGCAGGGCAGUCCUCACCCGGUCACAUAUGUGCCUCAUUCGCAACAGUUGACUCAGACAGUGAAUUCUUUGGAAGAUCAAAGUAACCAACAGUGGACUGGGCAAGGUAAAUAUGUACCAAACGGUCGAGCUAGAGAGGUGAACAAAGGCUCUGAUGCGGCACCAGGUGGUUCGAACUCUGUUUUAGUUUUUACACAAGGGAGUGAGAUGCUGAGUAGCAUGCUUGCUGCGGCUUCACCCGAGCAGCAAAAAACAAUACUUGGUGAACGAAUUUAUCCCCUUGUUCACAAGCACCAGUUAAUUUCCAUACCUGAUCUGGUCCAAAAGGUAACUGGAAUGCUUCUAGAGAUGGACAACUCUGAACUGCUUCUUCUGUUAGAGUCCCCAGAAUCACUGGCAGCCAAAGUGGAGGAAGCCGUGGAGGUUCUCAAGCUCUCAAAUGCAAAAAUGUCCGGCCAAGAUGCCCUUCGUACCAAUUCCCUUUCUGCUGGAGUUGCUGUCAAUUGAAAUCUUGGCUGUCCAAAAGG